UAGCGUACUGCGUAGCAGAGUGAGUGGGUGACUGGAGUGAGUGGCAGCUCAGCUCAGCGUCAGCUGGACUGGAGUGUGAGCGUGAGUGAGUGUGUGUUGUCUUCCAUCGAAGGAGGGGGGGAUUGGAUUUGUUUUGUUUCGGAGCGAGGCGAGGAAGGAGACAGGGAGGCCCCAGCGGCGAUGAUGCUCUCUGCUCUUGCUCUUCCUUCUCACUCCCCAAAGAGGAUCGAUGGAAGGGGACGACAAGUGGAAGCUGAGCAAGAAGGGGCGGAGCAGAUCGGGGAGGAACUACUUCUCCUCCGACGCCGGCGGAACCAGCGGAACCGGAGGGCUGAGCCGGAGCUUCUCUGCCAGCGUCGCCGGCACCAGGGACCCUGGCGGCGCAUCGAGCUCGAAGAAGGAGCAGCAGGAGCAGGAGCAGCAGGGGCGGCGGCUGUCGAAGAAGUGCGUGGAGGCGGUGAAGGAGCACCGGGCGCGCUUCUACAUCGUCCGCCGCUGCGUCUCCAUGCUCGUCUGCUGGCGCGACUACUGAGCUUGAGCUUAACUAGCCACAUUGAUUCAUUCUUCUUCGUCUCAUUCAAAACUUCUUUCUUUUCUUCUUUACUUUCCUUUGUGCUACUCCAUUAUUGUACUGUUGUAGAGAGCUGCCUGCAUUUCCUCCCUCUCCUCCUCUUUUUUCUUGGCCUGGCCAAAGCCGAGCCGAGCUAAGCUCUCUCUCUAUAUAUAUAAUCUUAGCCUCUUCUUCUUGUUCCUCUCGCUGGAUUCCUUCCUGAUUGGACCAUUUUGGUUGUCGAAUUCCGCUGU